GCACAUACACAGCUCCACUGAACUUGGCUUGGGCUGCCGUUUUUUUUUUACUGACAGAAGAAAAGAAGAAACACACACACACACACACACACACCUCUGUGGGAGAGCUCAGAUAAAGACGUGCCUUCAGUCUUGGAGUGGCGCUGUCACACACACUGAUAUACAAAUACGCAUUUAGACAAACACACAGCCACAGUCAGGGAGCCACCACACACACAUAUUCCCACAAACUGACACACUCACUUCUCACACACAGGAGAGCAAACAGUCUCUCUCUCUUUCUUGCUCGCUCAGCUGCUCUCUCUCUCUCUCUCUCUCUCUCUCCCUCUCCCUCCCAUCCACACACACACAUACACACACACACACACACACACACCCCCACACACACACACACACACACACACACACACCACUACAGUAUAUCAGCGAGUGACUAGCGGAGAGCCAGAGGGGAGUGCAGAAAUGAAUGUGAAGAUCCUGACGCUGGUGAUUGUGCUCUUGGUGUCUCUGCUGUGUUCUGCCAGUGCUGGUCCCAUGGCCUCCACAGAGCAUGGCAGAGAGCUGGAAGAGGCGGCCACAGUCAGAAAAAUUGUCCAACAAAACCCUGCAAGGGGCGGCCAGACCCACAGACCAGCCGGCUGGAAGAGGAGACGCCCACGGCCACGUCUUUCCCACAAGGGGCCCAUGCCGUUCUAGAGCAAGGCACUGCUUUGAGCGCCCUCCCCCAGGUUCUGAUUUCUAUGCUCUUCCUUUGCCUUGGGGGGCCUUGCAAUGAAGGGCCUACGCUUGCCCAGCCUGAAGAGUGAUGUCCAUAGCACCUGCUGGUUCUUCAAGCAACUCUGUCCACAAAAAAAAUCAGGACAAGCCGCUCACCCUCAGCUCUAGGAGGAUUUGGGGGGCAGGGAAGGGGGGUGGGGGGGUAUGGAGCCCGAGCUAUCAGACUCUAUUUCUCUGUCUCUCUCUUUCUCUUACUCUCACUCCCUCGCUACUUAUCUAUCUCUGUCUUCUCCCAAGUGUUUUUUUUUUUUUUUUUUCAAAUUUUCUAUCAUUUGCUUAAUAGAGCUCAAUCAUAGAGUGUCUCACACACUUUGCAUGACAUGUGGUGGAGAGGGAGCCCGGUCAAAACAAUCUGAGUCUUAAAGCAUCUGUCAUUUCUCCACGGUGUGUUAUUCCCAUCCCUCAGAUCCAAGGUUACUUCAGCCGCAGAUUUCAUUGCUGUGUAGCUACUUAACGGCUUUACUAGUGGCAGAGGGCGCUGAUAAUGUGGAAGGGUCCAUUUAAUAGUUGACAGUAGUAAGUUCACUUCGCUGGAUGUCUGCUGCAAGAGGGAAUUCAAAGUUGAAAGGACAUUUUAUGACACUAUAUUAAUCGCUUAAUAAUCAAUUUUGGUGCUGUUAACCUCUGAAUGACAGUGCGCCCACAUGCGGAGUAAAGUUGGGCUGAAAAGAGAGCACAUAUGGUCAAAACAAUCCAUUAAAGUGACUGAAUAAUUCCUUCAUUUCGGAGAUUCUUAAUCCAAAGCUAUUUGGUGUUUCUGAACUCAUUAACACCUUGGGGGGGUUUACUGACACGCUCAAGGUUACUGUAACAUAUCCCACCUUGGAUGAGUCCCCAAUCCCAAUCCUGUCCCCAAUCCCCAGCCUUCUCACCACACUGCUGCCCUGCGCGGCUGCUCUACACGACUGUUAACUGGCAGGGGGGGUCUGCUCCACCGAUGGGCUGCCUUGCCUUUUAAUGAAGUGCCAAAUAAUAACCUUCUCCACAAUGCUGCCAGAAACGAAGGAAUACAAAGGUUAGAAACACAUUACCUCUUGUUUAAAGUCUCAAUACACUGACACAUUAUGCAUUUUACAUUUCUGCAAACAGAAAUCCCUCGUGAGACAAUGUUAGAAAGGAGGACAGUAAAUUAGACCAAAAUGAGAACAAACAGCUAAUAUCAGCUCAGUUAAUAUUCCACCGCGAUCAGCCUACCAUUAGUGCUCUGGCUGUUUUAAUAUUCAGCAUAAGGCUGGUUUGACCCUUUGACCGAAAUCUUUCACUAACGAAAUGCUAUGCCUUUCCAUCAUACUGGAAUAUAUUACUGUUUAUUUCUGUGUUCAAGUAGUUUGAUUUCUUUUUUCUCAGGGUGCUGUGAUAGAAGCUUGUACUAGAGCAGUCUAUUUUGUGCAUUUAUUUAACAAAACACAAACAUACAGUACAUUAAAGCAUAUAUGAGCAUAUUUUCGUAUAUUUCCUUACUCUCCCUCUAUGUAUUCAACAAUAUAGCCAUGUAUCCAGAUUCUAGCCAUCAUCCUUUCCCUACAUUAUGUUGGGUACAGUUGCCUUUCUAGACGGCCCUACCACAGCACAGGUGGUCGUGGCUUUGAUCAUUACGCUCAUUAAAUCCUGGAGUUAAUCUUUCUCAGAUGGAUCUACCCAAGGCUGGCCGGGGCCAUAUAGUCUGAGCUCAUUGUUAAAUUGGCUUAGACUGAAACCACACCCUUCCCCCUUAUCCAAUCCUCAAACCCCUGCUGAUUCAGUGUGUUACAUUGUAAAAUAUAAGGAGUGUAACCUGUAGAGCAGCCACCUUGCAAUCGUUCUUUGUGUGUUAGGUGUGCCGGAGCAACUUCCUAGUUGUUGUUUUUUAACUCCAGUUUCAAGCAACUGGCAGGUUAACCUAGAUAUUUCCAACACCUUUCCCUCUCGCCAUGUCUCAUGCAAAUAUUACAAUAAAAAGUGGAGUCUUCUCAGUCCCAGCAUGAGGAGCUUUUAUUAAGAGAGCAUCUUAAAUCACAGUGGUAAUCCACCCAGCCAAGAUCACCUUGAUUAAAAAUGUAUUAAAUCCUAGGGCACUGUGAGGAGUAAUAAUUUCAGUUUCAACAUUAUUUUUUCAUACCCUCUCAGACAGAGAUGUAGAUUUCAUUAAUGCUCCACGGGAGAGAGACAGCUUGGCUCAGGAUGUCUCAUGUAUUAUUGGAGAAGAUAGUAGGAAGAUAUGAGCUGGGGAUGAAAGUUCAAAGCCGCUGGAGUUUGGAUGCUGGAAGCAGACUGGGUCAUGUUAAGGGGUUCAAAUCAAUAUUUCCCCAUCUCAGAAGUUAUUGUUACGGAGCCGAGCAACGUCUGUAACCGCACUGUUCUUCAUGAAUGUAUCCUCACCAUCUGCACCAGCCAUGCUGCCCUUCAGAGACCAGAGCAAACCAAUGUUUAUGUAAAAUACUCUUUUUAAUCUUGGUCUGGUUAUUAGUUAAUUCCAAAAACAAAUCAAAAGCCAAAUAUCCCACUGAUCCAAAGCCUCCGGUGUCAACUAGUCCCAACGAAUAGACGUGGCUUUGCUCCGAGACUUCUCUGUAUGGGUUUGCAAGGCUGCACUUUUGCAAUUCCAUUAUGCUGCUGGAGAAAUACACCCUGAAAACAAGAGUCUCUUGGUAUGGAAUGGUUUUCCAGUGUAUUGUGACAAUUUUUUUGUCUGAUUCUUGUCUAGCUGGUUGUCCAAAGCUUACUUUUUUAAAUACAGUGUGAAAAGCUGUAUCUUUUGUGGAUGUAACAAAUUAGAAAAGUAGUCUGCAGCACAAUAUGUCGUGGACACGUGAAAGCUUUCAGGCAUUAUUUUCUUGUAGAUCUUAGCCCACAGCCCUCCCCUGCUCAUCAGGUUAAUGGGCCUUGUGGUGUGGAAGGACAAGCACGUCCAGGCUCAAACUGAAAUGGUAAACCAAUACAUUAUGCUCGGGGAGCAAAACCAUUUUCCUUAAUGGUCUUUUCCAGCAAGGCUUACACAAGAGAAACGAUUCCUACCCUCUCAAUGUUUCCUCUCUAGUUCCUCUUCUCUGUGACCAUCACAAGGCCUGAGUAAUGUUCCUAUGCACUUGUUAGCAUGUUUUCCUGGUAGAAAAAUGUUUGUUCAGAAAACUUGCCCCUUUGUGUUUAGUUUUUUUUUGUCCAAAUGCAUUUGGCUGGGAGUGUGUAAAGAGUGGGGACGACAGGUGGAGACAGAUAUAAGCUAGCAGCAAGUUAUACAAUAUUAGCUUAGCGAUUGAUCUCUGUUUCCUAAUAGCUAUAAACACAACGCCCACAAAAAACGUUAAAAGGAAAACACAAGGUUUUUAUGUUGUUGGUUUUUUAAAUAAUCAUUCUGCACUCUACCAGAUAAAAUUCCUUUAAUAUGACACUGAGCUCAAACAUUUUCCUCAUUGUAGAAUUGGAAACAGAGUUGGCACGAAACACAUUCCAUGAUUUUACCUUGUGAAUCUCUAAGCCCAUCAAACUGUAUCAUGUUGGCCUUCAGAGUGGGUGUCUGCAAGAUCAAGUGGCUGAUAUUCAAUCCAAUGCAUUCACACAUUUCCACCGGCUGGGCAAUCCAAAGGAUAACUAGAUUUUAUCUCCCAUGGGAAAUGACUAAGAUCUGUCAUUAUCUUGGAGCCUCAAAAUGAGACUUCCUGCACCCAGAAUAGCACAGGCCCCUCCUGCCUUGAUUGUGACACAUUCCCCAUCUAACCACUGUGUCCAAGAUCCGCUACAUUCAGAACAAUCUGAGGAGAUGCAGUCUGUAGGCUUACACGCCAUCGCAUCAGUGUUACUAGGUCUCAAGCAGAUACCAUUUUAAAAGACGAUGUAUUACUCCUGAAACUUAUGUUCUGUUUAUGGUGUGUGCUCAUAUUACUCACCAGGCCAAAUGUACAGUCCCUGUCUCUGUUUUGAUGUUGAACUGGGCAAAAAUAAAUGACAUAAAUAAAUAAAUAAAACAAGUGUAUCAGAAAUGGUUGAAAUACUGUGUACAUAUUUGAACUUUUGGUUUCUAAUUUAUAAAAGAUAAGCUUUAGCUCUUGGAGUACUUAUUUUAUUUUUUCCUUUCAUGCGUAGCUUUGUGUUUUUAUUUUCUAUUUCUGUAAAGUGUGUAAAUAUAUCUUUAUGAUAAUAAGUAAUAUUAAAAUCUUAUUUUAAGA